GGGUUGGGCCGAGGUAGCGGCGGCUGGUUGCCGUGGUAACGCCGGGCCCAGCCCGCACUGUGGUUCAUCAGGUCACGGGACACAGGAGCAGAAUCAGGCCAAUCGGCCCAUCAAGCAGAUUGUAAGGACUGUGAGUGGACCUGUUGGAAAUUGGUGCAUCUUUUGAUCUGUCCAACUGACUCCUGCUCUCUUGCAACAGAAUGGCAGAUUUGGAGAAAGAACCUAUUCUACAACAGUCUGAUGCUUCAGCUGAUAUUAGGAUAUUACGAUCGAAAAAAGCACCAGAACUUCCCAUUCUGGAGAGAAGGAACUGGCUGAUACAUUUGCAUUAUAUUAGGAAGGACUAUGAGACCUGCAAGGCAAUCAUCAAAGAACAGCUGCAGGAGACGCAGGGGAUGUGUGAAUAUGCUGUCUAUGUACAAGCACUAAUAUUCCGUUUGGAAGGAAAGAUUCAAGAAUCCUUUGAACUGUUUCAGACCUGUGCGAUUCUAAACCCGCAGAACGUGGACAACUUGAAACAGGUUGCUAGAUCACUGUAUUUGCUUGGGAAACACAAGGCAGCUAUUGAAGUUUACAGUGAAGCUGCUAAACUCAAUGAAAAGGAUUGGGAAAUCAGUCACAAUCUGGGAGUCUGCUUUAUGCACUUGAAGAAUUUUGAGAAGGCCAAGGUUCAUCUGAACUGUGCACUACAAAGCAGCAAACAUGAUCUGACCUUCGUGGUGUUUGGGAAACUUUACCUGCUGGAGGGAAACACCGAAGGGGCUGUGGAGAUUUAUAAGAAAGCAGUGGAGUAUUCACCUGAAAAUGCUGAGCUUUUGACAACUCUGGGCUUACUGUACCUGCAGCUUGGAGUUUACCAGAAAGCUUUUGAGCAUCUAGGAAAUGCUCUCACCUACAACCCCAACAACUACAAGGCCAUCCUGGCUGCAGGCAGCAUGAUGCAGUCUCACAAUGACUAUGACGUGGCAUUGAGCAAGUACAGAAUAGCAGCCCAUGCCAUCCCUGAGAGCCCGCCCCUGUGGAAUAACAUUGGAAUGUGCUUCUUCGGCAAGAAGAAAUACGUAGCUGCCAUCAGCUGUCUGAAGCGAGCUAGCUACCUGGCCCCCUUUGACUGGAAGAUUCUAUACAACUUGGGGCUGGUGCACCUCACCAUGCAACAGUACGCAUCCGCAUUCCACUUCCUGAGCGCCGCCAUCAACAUCCACUCCAAGAUGGGGGAGCUGUACAUGCUGCUGGCCGUGGCCUUAACAAACCUGGAGGAUCCUGGUAAUGCAAAGAGAUCUUACGAUCAAGCAGUGAAUCUCGACCAGUCAAACCCUUUGAUAAAUUUAAACUAUUCAAUACUGAUGUAUAACCAAGGGGACCGAAAGGGAGCACUGGACCAGUAUCAGCAAAUGGAGAAGAAGGUUAACCGGCUGAAGGAGAGCAGCAGCUCGCUGGAGUUUGACCCAGAGUUGGUAGACAUGGCUCAGAAGAUUGGAGCAGCACUUCAGGUGGGGGAGAACCUGGUCUGGACUAAGCCGGGCAAGAACACCAAAACAAAGCACCGCGCAGCGCUGCCUGGCAGCAAGCACAGCCUGAACCAGCAGCCUCUGGGCUCCAACCAGGCACUGGGCCAGGCCAUGUCAUCAGCCGCGGGCUACAGCAAGAGCAUCCACCUGUCGGCAGAUGGAUGUCUGACUCGUAUCCAGAAGCCUCCCUCGUUGCCCUUGGAACCAGAGUCAACGGCUGAGGAUAUGAACAGAAAGCAAACCCCAAGAUAGCUUGACUUAGCUCUCAGUUCCCACUCUGCUUCCUAGAAUAGGUAAUUAAAACCAGCACCAUGCUGAACUGUGUCUCUUGAGCCAAUGCCAUGCGGGAGAAUGUUCUCUCUGCUAUUAGACGUCAUUACUGCGGCAUCACUUAUCCACACAUUGUUCGGCAAUAAUUUUAAAGCAUUAGUUUUGAUUUUCUAUCUUCUGUGUAUAAAGUUCAAUUCACUGUAGCGUCUGAAAGAGAAAGAUUGUUCCCGCCAGAAUCCCAGCCCUCCCAAGGUCGACACCACAGUGUCAGGUAAGUGGGGCAACUCACUCUGCACAGACCCAGAACUAUGUCCCUGGCACUUGCUCGUGCCAAGGUCAUGUGGACAUUCGCAUUGUCUGCGGUAACCCAUGAGGUAGCAGCAUUUUGUUAUGUUCCUGAUGCAAUCCCAUAAAAGCAUCUCAGUAAACUGAAGUAUAUUUGUACAAAGGCUCCUCUAUACAAGAUAACACCUUGCAUUGGCUCCACAGAGGAUGCUACUGUGGGCUAAAAGGUCAACAUUGAUGGAGUUGCAGCCUAAUGCUUACAUCCUGGAGUCGAUUGUAUUUGUAUAGUUGGGGAUGUCAUCGCUGGAAAGCUGUCAUUGCCACUGCUGGGUUGCUACAUUCCCUGAGGCCAAGCAGUGAAGAGCUGUACUCAGCUCCUAACGAUUACCUAUAUUUAAUUACCCUGUUCCCUUCAAGAAUCCCUCGUGAUCCAUAUUUUUGAUGUGAUUAGGAUUGGAGAAAGAUUUCUGAACUUCUUGUACCUUUUCAUUUGCUUGCCACCUUUAGAUACUAAAUCAAUGGAGAUAACAUUCCUUUGUUCCUUUAUCUAGCCCCCUUUGACCCACCUGUCAUCCUGAUCCUGAUCUUAAUUUUACUGGGACUGUUCUCAUUUCUCCUCACAAUUAAAACCAGUUCUUUGG